AUGACUACAAUUAAUAAUUUUCAAAAUUAUAUAAAUAUACCACAAAUUAUUCAACCUCAAUUAUCAAAUAAUUUAAAUCAUUUCCCACAAUUUAAUAAUAGCAACAACAGCAAUAAUAAUAAUAACAAUAAUAAUGCUACUACAAAUAAUUUACCACCUUUAAUACAUCCACAAUUUAUGAAUCAAAAUAUUCCUUUGGUUCAACAACAAACAAAUUAUAAUAUUUUACCACCUCCACCUGGUUUAUUAAUUCAACCACAACAAUUUAAAAUUGAUAAUAAUAAUAAUAGUAAUAAUAAUAAAGAAAUUGUUAAUGGUGGUGUAAGUGAAAAUUUAGAUUAUGAUAUUGAUUUAAUGUCAGAAUUUGUUACUAAAACUGCAUAUUUUAUUUUUGGUUCAGAUACUAGAUUAAUGUUAGAUUCAAAUAUUGAUAACAACAAUAAUUCAUUAGCAAUUACCUCACCAAAUAAUUAUAACUUAUUUUUAAAAGGUAUAAUAUCUGUUUUAAAUGCAACAAGAUUGCCUUCAGUAACAAUAUUUAUGUCAUUGGAUUACCUUUUAAAAUAUUUACGAAAAUUACCUGAUGGAAUUGAUUCGAUUGGUGGUAAAUUUAUUAACGUCAUUUAUCAAAAUACAAUAGUGUCAUUAAUUUUAGCAAAUAAAUUUAAUGAUGAUAAAACUUUUACAAAUAAAUCAUGGUCACAGGCAACUGGAAUGGAUAUUGAUUUAAUUAAUUCUUAUGAAAAAAAUUGGUUAAAUAUUUUUAAUUGGAAACUUUAUGAUGAUAAAUUUAUUUUAUAUUCAGAUUUUGUUAAUUCUUUUAGACAAUUUUCUCAAGAGAAAACUUUAUUAAAACAAUCUUUGGAUAAUAAUAAUAAUUAUAGUACAAAUUAUUAUACUUCUAGCAUCAAUGAAUUAAAUAUAUUUGGUAAUUUAAAAUCUCCAUUAAAUGUUCCAUCUCCUUAUUUUUCACCUACUGGUGUAACUACUCCAUCUACACCAUUUGGUUUCCAAACUCCAAAAUUAUCAUCAAUAUCGUCAUCAACUAUAGCUGCUGCUACUGCUGCUGCUAUUGUUGCCGCUACAAAAAAUACUGCUACUAAUACUUCUUCAGGUGUGUCAACUACAUCAUCCUGUGGAAAUCAAAUCUUUUCAUCACCUUAUCAUUAUUUGAACGAUGCAUAUAAUAAUAAUAAUAAUAAUACUAAUAAUACCAUGAAUUCACAAUUUAGUAACUAUGAUUAUCACCAAAAUAAUCUAAAUCAUUUCAAUAUUCCAACCCUAAAAUCGUCACCUAUCAUGAAUAGAUAUACCAGCAAUAAUCAUCCUAAUACUUAUGAUGAUCAAUUUAAUUAUGAUUAUUAUAAUUUCUAUGAUUCAAAACAAGAUAUGAAAAUUAACCAACAGCAACAGUUACAACAGUUACAAUUACAACAACAACAACAGAUAUUAUUGUCUCAACAACAACAAUUGCAAAGAUUACAACCACAAUCUCAAAACUUGAAGUCUAUUCAACCUGAUACUUAUUGGACCUCAAACGAUCAAACAUUAAGAAAUAAAUCAAAUAAUUUCUACAAUAAUUUCUCGACGAUUUAUUGA